AUGCCAGUUACCAGAUCUACGAUGAAACGAAGAAUCACCUAUUUCCAAGCCCCCAAUGCUCCAUUUGAGCAGGACCAGGUUGUCCUCACAUCAAAGAACCUUGUGAUUCGCGACCUGGACGCCGCCCGUGAAAACCGUAUUACAUUUGGGCUAGAGGACCUUCCGGAGGAGCUCCGUGAUGUCCUAAAGCAGUCCCAUGAGCUCCAUCUCCGCUGGGCCACAGAACGGCCCUAUAUUGCUAUCGCACCUUUCGCAAGCAGGGUCUCACCUGGCCUGCAUGUGCACUACACUCCCUUGAAAAAAGAUCUGUCGUCGGAGGCACUAUGUUCAGUGCUACACACCAUAUUUGGGGAGAAGGUGAACUGCUCCAAACCAGAGGAUUCCUUUAUCACGCCACCGGCCUUAUCUACGAGAUUCGCGGCCUCGGCCUCACUCCAGUAUUGGUCAAGACUCCCUUCUCUCCAAGCUCUAGUUUCGUUCAUUCAGAAUACUGCAUGUCGCCAGCUGAAGACUGGUAGCGCCGAGUGCCAUGAAAAUAGCAAUUCCCUACUCAGUGCCGAUGCUGUCGACAUUGACUACAAUAGCAUUUCAUCCACUGUGACAGUAACAGGACUCUGGGCCAGUCCCCCAAGUGGUGGCUGGACUGAGGAUAUUCAGAAGCCAGUCUCUAGCGCGGAUAAGAUCGAAUUUGGGCUUCUGACAGCAGAGAAGGAUGCCGCUGCUCCGGAGGAUGUCAAGAUGGGCGGACUCCUAGCUGUUGUUGGAUCGGACAAGACAUUAAAACCGACUAUGUUCUCGUUCCCUUCACGGCAUCAUGCUCUCCCUGCUACAGCCAGCUACACCGUCUCUUUCAAUCACCCAACUGGCCUUCAUCCAACAAUGUCAAUAUCAUUACCUUCUUCCGCACUGGAGAGACCACCAGCACCAGAUGGCACAAAAUGUGCGCUACACACAUACCUAACCCUCCCAUCCUCCAUCUUCGGCGACCAGUACCAACUCGGUACAACAGACCCGCUAUUCCGAGAAUUGCACAACCUCGCAGCAUUACACAGCUUCUCAGGCGAAACAGACCUCGAAGCACCAGACUGGGUUGUGCAGCGCUGGGGCUCGAACUGGCUCUUUGAACUAGCAGCCCCCGCUUUGGAAAGCAGCCCCGCAGUAUCUAACUGGACCGCCACCAUCCCCCUUCACCUGCGAUACCUCCCCCCAUCAGAAUCUGGGUACCAAACUGCCAAUGUGCCUUGGCCAGUGGUGUUCUGGGCUUGCACUAUGGAUGAUGGUACCAAAAUGGGAGUUAACCCGUUCGACCGGACCAAUCUAGGUUGGGAUGGGCUCUUUGGCCCUCGUACCAUGUUCUAUCAGCUACAUCCUAGUUCUGAUAAACUUGUUGAGGAGCUUGAAGUGCCCGUUCUACAGCUGAAAGGUGGCAAUAGUAUCUUCCAAGCGCGUAAUAUCGAGCUGGCAACAUGUGCUGCUAUUACUCUCGGUUUCUUGUGGGUUCUUUGGCGUCUUUUGCGUGUGGCAUGGUCAUCUGGUAUCAGGGAGGAUAAAUCCAGAAGUUCCAAAGAGAGCCACGACAAGAAGGAGGAUUAG